AUGACCCAAGAACGAUUAGAGUGGCGCCAGAUGCUGCAAUCCGUCCUAAAUGGAGACGUCAUCGAGUCGGAAAAGAAACGGUUUUGUACGACGGAUCUUCUCACGCAACAAAAACCCAUGCAAGAGAUAUGGUUAUCACUACGAGCCUUGCUACGCGGUCGCACCAUUCCUGAAGAACAGAAAAGUUUGGAAGAAGGACGUAAAGAGAUUGACACGGUUUUAGAUCUGGUGCUGAAUUUUAAAAUCGAUCCUCAUGCGGAAGAAUCGGCGCUGGUCCAAGUAGCUGACGUGCUAAAAAGCAUUGAUCGCAUCGAAUCAUUGUAUCCCACUCGGGCUAAUACCAUUAACGAGAAUCCCAAAUACGGAGCCACCGAAUUCCAAAUGCGGUUGGAUGCACUCAACGCUUGGUGCACCAUCACACGUAGUCUGCACAUGCAACACAAGAUCUUGCGCGACUGGACAGGUUCCGAAGACUUGCAAAUUGCACAAAAACAAGCACUGCCACCCGCUCCCAAAGACGCCGACCAAUCCGUGCCAUCCUCGGCUUCCAUCAAAAUGCAGAAUAACGAUAUUUCUUUCGUCGAACGCAUCCUCAAAGAAUCCGCAUUGCAGGACACUUUCAACAACCGUACUUUAUCGGCUCUCAAUUCUUUGUUACUCAAAUCCAAGCAAACCAUGAUUGAGAACAAUACCCUCUUUCAGGACAUGAACUUGCCCCCCUUCAUCUCUGAAUUGCGACAACUCGCCAACUUUCCCACAUCGCUUGUUGAAGAAGCUCUCAAACUGCGUCUGGAAUACCGCGAUCGGAUGAACAACCCACCAAAACAAAUGGUCGACGCCAUGCUUGAAGACUACCGAGGCCUUCUUGCACUGGCAUGUCGUGUUAAAUCUCAGUACAAGCAACUGGCCCAUCCGGCUCCCGGCUGGGAGUUCAAAGAAGAUUACUUUAUCAGUCAGAAUUAUGGUUCCGUCCUUACCGAAUCGGUUCGCUUCUACUUCAAGCUGAUCACCUGGAAACUGAAUUUGGAAAAAGAAAACAGCUUGCGAGAAUGCGAACUCAUGGAAAAAGAAUGGGAAUUCCUCGAAACCACCGUAUGCAAAGCCGUGGAAAAUAUCUACAUUGAAUGUGCACGUCAAUUUUGUGCUUUGAUCCAUCGUCAACUGUCAGAUGUCAUGACCGAUUAUAUGGCCAGUUUGAAAUCGUCGUUGGAAUCGCGAGAUAAUGAUAUGGAACUCGAAUACACCAAAGCCUUGUACAGCAUGCGUAUGCGGGCACGUAAAUUGCUUCAAUUCACAAAGUAUUUUAUGGCGCAAUUUGAGAAUUCAGCGGAAUAUCAGGUGGAUGGCAAUCAUAUGGAUCGUUUGGUCAGUUGUCUGGUGGAAAGCGAUCACUUUUUGGUGUACACGAGUGGAUUCGAGGAAGAGCACAGCUACGUUAUCGCUUCACCUUCCUUGUACGGUCACGACGAUAAAAUCGCUUCCCUCCUGUCAGCGUCGCUUCCCGAGAAUAAACCUACCACUCCCAGUUACCUCGGCACUCAUCCUACGACGGCUAAUAAAAUUGAAGAUUACCUGCUUAUCAUCUCACCGUGGCAGAAUCUCGUGUGGACAGGACCCUACGUGCGAGUCCCGGUUCCCUAUGUGGAUCUGGGGCUCAAGACCAAUCGUGUCCGUCUUGUCGCUGCCACCGCCAAAAGACUUCCUACAGCUCGCAUGAAUUUUUGGGCCGUCGCACAGCAUUCUGGCAUCGAGGUGUUACAGGAGCAACGAGCCCAGUUACCUCCGAUCAACAAAGGAUUACGUAAAAUUCGCAAAACCGUGUUCAAGCUCGCGGACUCUUCCAUUUCCAGCAUCGAAACCAUUCGAAAGCAAACGCUGAAUCUAGGAUGCCAGGAAUUGGUGGAGGAAUGUUUCAGUUUUGCCAGUGAUUUUGGGGUACGCACCGCUCGAUUCUUGGAUAUCAAGGCACGCCGCCAGCUGGAUUUGAUGCUGGUUCGUUUAGCCAUCGAUUGGAUUUCAUUCAUUACCGAUGACUGUAUUCCAACCGAUCGAAAGACGUUCCGAUGGGCCGUCGCCGCUUUGGAAUUUGGUCAUGCCAUGACACGUGGCCCCAAUAUUCUGGCAUUGCAAGAGGACGAAUUCGGCAAACUUCAGAGCAAAGUGGCCCGUUGUAUCGCCCUUUUGAUUUCUCAUUUCGACGUCCUCGGCACACGAUGGAUCCACGAAGCGCAGAUGAAGGAACAGCAACAACGAAAACGCGGGAUUACCGCCAAACGAAAUUCCUACAUGACCGGCAAACGGUCGACUACCAAAGAACACAUUGCCACCAGUUCGACAUUUGGCGCUUCUUCGGAUAACGCUGUGCCCGCUGGUACAGGCAUCACAUACAUUCGAGAUGCGUGGAUGCGCAAAAUUACUGAAUUGGAGGAAGCCCGCGAUACCAAUGAGCAAUCUUUGAAACUCAUUGGUCGUGUCUUGGAUGAUCAGAAGCCUGAAGACCAAUCGUUGGUAUUCUUGGCCCCUUCUUCAUCGAAUAUAUCCUUCCGUUGGCAGCAAGGCAAAUUUAUCGGCGCUGGUACGUUUGGAUCGGUUUACCUUGCUAUCAACCUCGAUACCUCGAAUGUUAUGGCCGUCAAAGAAAUCCGAUUCCCGGAUUCAAGUACACUCUCUUCACUUCAUAAAGCUAUCAAGGAAGAAAUGAAGGUCAUGGAAAUGCUCAAUCAUCGCAACAUUGUUCAGUACUAUGGCAUGGAAGUGCACCGUGACAAAGUAUACAUCUUUAUGGAAUACUGUGAAAAUGGUAGCUUGGGUGCCUUGUUAGAACACGGUGGCCGAAUCGAAGAUGAGAUGUACAUUGUCGACUAUGCCUAUCAGCUACUGGACGGUCUAGCCUACCUUCACGACAAUAAUAUUGUCCAUCGUGACAUUAAACCCGACAAUAUUUUGAUCGAUUACCAGGGCCAACUGAAAUAUACCGAUUUUGGUGCAUCGAAAAUCCUUGCCAAAGGACAGAAAACGAUGGGCAAAACAACCAUGAAUAUGAACCUGAAUAGUUUGGCCGGUACGCCAAUGUAUAUGGCACCGGAAGUGAUUACAGGAGGGGAUACAGGACGCAAAGGAUCCAUGGAUAUUUGGUCGCUCGGUUGCUGUAUUGUUCAAAUGGCGACCGGUCGACGUCCUUGGAGUAUGCUUGAGAAUGAGUGGUCGGUGAUGUACCACGUCGUCACCGGUCAUCCGCCGCUCCCCGAUACUUCGCAGUUAUCUACAUUGGGCAUCGACUUUCUCGAAAAGUGUUUCACGCGAAAUCCAAUGAAACGCCCUACGGCGCAGGAACUGUUGUCGCAUCCGUGGAUUACCAAUUACCUGGCAAGUUUUAUGGACGGUAAUCAAGCCAUUGAAGGGGACGAUAUCGACAUUACGGUAGACCAAGCUGCUGCUCCCCAUUGGUCGAUGGAUGAAGCCACUACCGCCUUCAGACACGAACCGAUCCGAUCGUAUGAACGCUCCAUUGUGCGAAGUAUACCCAACAGCAUCGCACUGGAAGGCGGGAUCAACGGUAGUCUGGUACCGCGAGCCGACACCCAAGCCUAUUUCCGGCAAAUAGCCCAACAAGCUCAUGAGCACUCCAGCGAGAUUCCUUCUUCAUUACAUUCGGGUAUUGGAUUACCUUUAACACGUUCCACCGAUUCUGCCGGUCGUCCGGCCCUAUCGCGUGGCAAUAGUUUCCGCAGUGAUCAAAGUCUGGUCCGAAGUAUAAAUGAAGAACUGGACCGACCGACAUCUCCUGUAUAA